AUGAACUUUGAGAUUGCAUUUAGACACACACCACAUUUCCUACCUCACCCUUCACAUUUUCCACCACUUUGCCACGACUUUUCCACUAAAAUGACUUCUGAGACGCCGACCGUACCGCUCAAAGAGGAAGAGGUUCACCGGCAGGUUUUGAUGCAGUUCAUGACCAACAAAGAAGUUGUUCUUGCUGCUGCUGCUGCAGCCACCAUAAGCGGAACGGUGACUGCAGAAAGUGGGGAAAAUGAUGCAAAAGAAAAAGGUGAAGUUGAGGAAGAAUAUGAUGAAAAUGGAAAAGAUGAAGUUGAGAAAGAAGAUGUUGAAAGGCGAAUAUAUGAAGUUGAGAAAGAAAAUGGUGAUACUGUGAAGCUAUAUUUCAACCCUUCUGAUGCUAUUCUGCGGGUCAGAAAUGGACCAGCAAUAGGCAUAGCCAUGUUACCUACUGAAGAAGAGGUUGAAGUAUAUUUUAAAAGAAUGUUCAACUUGCCACCAAACCAUGAAUUUUAUUGCCCCCGUUGUAAGGCUUGCAUCGACAAGGUCUUGUUUUGCCCUACACGACCAGAGCCUGUACCUUCAGUUCCAGUGCCUCCAGUUUCAGUGCCUCCGGUAACAGUGCCUCCGGUAACAGUGCCUUCAGUUCAAGUGCCUCCGGUAACAGUGCCUCCAGUUUCAGUGCCUCCGGCAACAGUGCCUCCAGUGUCAGUGCCUCAAGUAACAGCGCCUCCAGUGCCUCCAGUUCGAGGGCCCGAAGAUGAGGUUGAAUGUUUUCUGAGGGACUUGAAAGCUUCAAAACCAGGAGAAGCAAGAGAAGAAGAAGGAAGUGAAAGAGAGGCAGAAGCAGAUAAAUAUACUGAACUGUUGGGAAAGAGGGAGAAUUUCUAUCUACAUGCCUUUUUUGCGUUCCUAUCAUUCCUUAUAUUUGGGUUAGUGCCCCCAGUAGUGUAUGGCUUCUCAUUUGGUGAGAGUGGUGAUAAGGAUCUGAAGCUUGCAGCAGUUGCAGGAGCUUCUCUAAUUUGUAUCACACUGCUUGCCAUUGCCAAAGAUCAGUCCCAAAGACCCAAUAACACUUUCAUCACAUUUUUCAAAACUGUCACAUUCUAUGUUACCUCAGGAGUAUUGGCCUCGCUGCUUACUUAUGUAGCUGGAGCUCAGAUCAACAAACUCAUUCAACACCUUGGAUGGUUUCAACCAAAUCCUGAAUCCAACUUUUCUUUGUCUCUUCCUCAUCAUUUGGGUGUACCACACAAAUCUGGAUGGGGUUCCUACUAA